UUUGAUCGAUUUAAAAAGACAAGCAAAAAGAGUACUGUUGUCUAACUUUUCGCUCGUCGUUAGCAUUGAAAGAGUAGACCAUUGUUACUAGGUCACACAUUAUGCUAAUUAGCGCCACCGCGUUUUUGAUCGUGAAGGUCACUUAUUAGUAAACGCUCAUUUACUGCAAUACACUACGUUGCCUUUUUGGAAUGUACAGUACAAAACGUUUCAUGCUUACGAUUAGUUUGUGUUUGAAAGCAGCUCUAAUCUCAUGAUAUAGGGCAGUGAUACAGCGAUAAAUGGUAGACGCAUGUACAUGCACUGCUUCACAAGAUGUUACAAACAACAGUUGUGGAUUUCGUGGACAGUCUUUCACUCCAGAUUUUCAAGCAGGAUUUCAACCGUCUGAUGAGAUGCAAGGACAAACAUCAUUCGACGUAACGGGUCGAUGCAGCAUACAUGCUCAUAUAGAAGGCAUUUCAAGAAAUUACGUUCCUACUUAUGUACAUUCAAAUUUCGUCCAUGGAAUUGACUCUAUACCUUUUGUGCAAUCAUGUCCGAAUAUGGGUGAUUAUCAUGCAUUCGAAGAUGUUAAUAACAGCCAUUCAAAUAGAUUAUUUAAUAGCCAGUUUCUGACUUCGUGCCCACCUGCUAUUCCUGAGGUGCAGUCGGAUAUAUCUCAAGACGAGGAAGUUCCCCGUCCAUGUUGCUUCUGCACUUUUUGCGCCCCAGUUAUACCAAAAACACACUGUGUUGAUAUUUGCUGUUUCAAAUCAAAAUGUUUGGUUCCAACUGUUUCACCAUGCUCACCUGAUGCGCUUUUCUGCCUACUUUUCACUGGGUCUUGCAAAUGUCCCUUGUUUUCUUUCCCGCGCCACCGAGUAACUAAUGAAAAUCUCAUAAUUCUAAGUAUAAUUCAGUUGUUAUGCGGUUUUGCAGCUAUCGUCCUCUCGAGUGUUGCUUUUACUAAGGCGGUCUUUUUAUAUCAGAUGGCUACAGGAUUAUGGGCUGGAAUAUUAAUGGUGGUUACUGGAUUUCAUGGUCUUCUUGCUGCUCGUCGCCCGAUUGUAUGUGCCUUAGUAGGAUUGUUGGUACUGUGUAUGGUUGUAAGCUUGUCUGCAUGUGUUCUCAUUUGUGUUUCUGUGGCUGGGACAAUAGAAGAUGGUUUUCUUAGCAGUGCUGUUACACGGAAAGGGUUUUCCCGUGAACUUACAAAAAUAGCAUCAAGUCACCGUGAAAACAAAACUUUCUCCCAAAGGCACGACCCAAAGUCUCCCUUGGCAGUGUUAACAACGAGAACCCAAGAUUGGUCUGAUUUGCAGCCUUUGGACUAUAAAAAUGUCCUACGUGAAACAUCAGAUACCUACUUGCGCACAUGUCAAGUUAUUUUGCACCUCCUUUUGUUGAUAGUCGGUAUUCUAGAAGCAUCAGUCAGUCUUGCAACAUCCAUUCUCUGCUGUCGGUGCGUUUGCUCAAAUUCUCUUAAUUUGCGAUUUCAAAAUUCACGUUCAUUACGCACUAAUAUAGUGUCAUUCAAUGCUGCUACAGCUAAUCAAGCAGCUUCUGUGCUCCGAUCAGGUGCAAUAAAUGACUUUGUUGGUACUGGCAAUGUACUAUUAGCCAUCGAUUCAGAUGUACCUAUACAAAAUUAUCCCACCAGUAGUGCUAAUGAAGUCGUUCAUAAGCCACAAAUCCACCAUACAUUAAUCCCUUUUUUAUCUGAGUUGAAUCGUCAUUCAUUAAUCCUCACACAAGCAGGUACUGGUACAGUAGCUUUGUCUGCCGCUCGUGCAGCUGCUAACCUAUUUGAUGCAGAGAGAUUCGAAACUCAAGAUCGAACUUCAGUUUCUUGCUCUUCCAGCAAUGAACAAUCCUCUGUUCAACAACCAGGUACCUCAAGUAGAUCUAUAUUUCGUCGUUUUAAAAGAUUGCGUCUUAUUCGUCCUAGUGAACCUCGUCCUCGUCUUCUGUAUACAACUCUCCAAGUCCCUACAAAUGUUUCCACUGCCUCUGAUUCUUCAUCUAAUCCACCUCCAUUUUCAUCUUCCACUACGAUUGUUUAUGUGAUACUUUCACCUACACAUGAAGAACCACCUAUGAUAUUUCCUCCCUUUCCUCCUAGUUACAAUGAGUCACAAAGGAGAUCUGGUUUGGGUGCAACUGUUACCCGCAUUCAGCGGAACCAACGUAUGACGUUUCAGUCGAACACAUCUCGUCGCUAUAGGAGACGUUCAGCUGGAAUAUCUCGUCCUCGUUUUCAUUCAUCUAUACGUUCGCGUUUGUCACGACUUUUAUGUCGGAAUACACCACAUCAAUCUAAUCUCAGAAUUAAUAACACAUCUGGACAUUCUAGAAUGCAGUGCCACCUGUCUAGAUCUGUCGCUUCUGCUCCUAUUUCUUUUGGUGACCGAUUCAUCCAACCUGUUCUUAUAGUUGGAGACCCACCUACGGUCAGACUUACAGAAGACCCACCUCCCAAAUAUUCUGUAUAAACUCUUAGAUGUCAGAUACCUAUCAGUUGUAAGCUAUCCUUCUCCUUGUGCAAAUGUACUGCAUUCCUAUUUAAUCUUUGAGUCAGCAUUUCUUGAUUUGUAAAAGCUUGUGAUUAUAUGCAUAAGUAUUUGCCAUUACUAGUCUAUUUUGUUUUGCCUUUUUGUUAUUUAAACGUUUGUUACUACCUUCAAUUCAAAUGAGAAAAUGUUUUUAUUUAAACAAGAUUAUUACUUAUCAAUAUUUUAGUUAUUUUUUAAAUCGUCUAAUUGGUUCAUACUUUAAUUGUAUAUUUAAAAUGUCUGUAUCACUUCUAACUUAUAUUGUUGAUAUAACAUCUUUCACUAAAACCUUUUUAUCUUUUCUCGUCGUUAGUAAAAAUAAUUAUGUAAUAGUUGGUGGUAAGGUAAAUUGAUGAUUAUCCAUUAUAUUUGUCUUGUGUGCUAAAAGGAGAGAAAGCUAAAAUUCCAGCAAUCAGAUAAAAGUUCGUGCAUUCUACUUUGAGGCAUAUUUUCUGUGAAGAUUGAAGCUGCCAACGGAAUAUCCUAACUGAAGGACAUGUUACUGAGUUUGAGCUCGUGUAUAUUUUAACUACUCAGUCUUAGCUCUAUUGUUUUAUGGAUAGUAAGCUUCAACGUUCUGACAAGGUAUUUUCAUCAAUUCUCAAUCGGCAUAGUGCUUUAUUCUUGUGAUUAACUUUAUCAUUGGUCGUAUUAUUAAGUACACUUUUAAGAAGUAAUGCAGAUCAAGGAUAACUAUGGUUCCUCAAUUAACAGUCGAUUUGCCUAUCAAGCUUUCAUUUUAUCACGUCAUAUCGAUAGUAAAAUAUUACUAUCUCGACAGUUGAGAUGUUUUACUGUUAAGAAACUUUUUUUAGUAUUGUGACCGGUUUAUUAACCCACACCAGAUCAUUCAUGAGUUCCGCCAAUAGAGCAACUUUUGUUUGAUGCACUACUCUAUUUAAUAGUUGCAUGUUACUUUAUUUUAGAACCUCUUAAGAGAUUAUAGUUGAAGUUAAAAACCUGUGUUUUCACACUGGAGAAAUCGUGUCAUAUAACUUGCUUAACUUUCUGGUUGAGUCACAAAACCCAGCUGGUAAUCAGGUCUCACAUCAGUCACUCAGUGUCGUAUUAGCUGCCAUGUGAAUGAAAGCUGCACAGUUGUACGCGAUUUACAAACUAGUCGCCUGGCAAUUUUUUUCUACCUCAGUUGAGCUAAGUUAACUGAAUGAGUUAUUCUGUUGUCGCUAAUAUAGUUGAAGUGUAGAUAAUUGUUCAGACCUGUUGAGAAUUUCUAAAUUAAUAAUUUAUAUGGACUUAUACUUACGGGAGUAGUCUCUCACUAAGCAAGUGAUUCUAGGAUACGGUUGUGUCUUUGUAUAUUACGACGAAAACUUAUUGAAAACUGUAUAUUGGCGUAUUUGCAGCGAUGUACUUGUCACAAAAAUGUUUAAUUAGAGGGGGGGGGUAAAACAACUAUCAGUUUACUGGUCUAUGUCAGUGUAAGUCAUACUAUAUAAGGCACUUGCUAUUAGCAUUUAAAAAUAUGCUAUAUAUUUUGUUUCAUCCUAGAACUUUUACAAAACAACCUGUCCUAGUACUCAAUACUUUGGUGAACCUUUGGACAUCAUCUAAAAGUCACUCUAGUAUUCUCUGGGUAUAGCAAUUGAGAUACCUUUUUGCACAAUGAGAGUUAAAGCAAGACGUUUUGGUAUGGAUCGUUUAUCGUGUUAAAUUAGUAUUCAUCUGAAUAUUGAGUGUAGAAAGCUUCAAGUCAACGAUUCAACAGAUUUCUAUCAUUAUUUUUCGGAUAGAACCCCUUGGAUUCACUAGGUACAUUGAGAACUUAAUACUAUUUUUUUUAGUUAUUUAAUUCAAAAUAGAAUAAAAUAGGUCGGCUGCACCUGCGUCUAAUCUCGCAAAUAAAGUUUAGAAAACGUCAGAGCGGAAUCAAAGCCUAAUUAUUUACCCAACAAAGGCGUGAAAUAAUGGAAAAUAAGGAUUCUCCGUAAUUAUUCCUUAUCAACCUUGGCACAUAAUUAUAGACUUGUUAAAAUGUGCUCACACGUGUAAUAAAGAAGAAAUUAAUGUAGUAUUAAGAGACAUUCUUUUUAAAAGACUGGAAGUCCGAUUCAACGGUUGGAGGAGGUAAGUGAAAUCCUUGUUUCGAAGUGUGCAGAUUCUUAGUUCACUUCAAUGAAUAUAUCAUCGACAAGCUGGUUGGAAAAUGACUUACGGACUACCUCAUUUUUUAUGUGUACAGCGAUAAUUUGGCAUAUCAUUAAGUAGUAGAAAUUGGAUUUAUGUCUAACACAUGAACUGUAUGUAUCUCAUAUAUAUCUGAAAACAUGAGUCAACAAAUGCAAAAUUUGAAAGUGUUACAUUAUCAGAAACAUGGUAUUCGUAGAGGUUGUUUCCAUUUGCUUGUAAAAAUCUAUCAUGUAUUAAUUAAAUUUAGCAAGAACAUAUGAACCGACAAAUUGCAUAACCAGGUCAGCUGUAACAUCAUUCAAAUUAUUUUAUCAGUAAAAGGUUUUGGUCACUGUGUGUAUACAUUUUCUUUUUAGAAAAAAAACACUAAAAAUGAGAGUUAGACACUGACUGCUUAAUAAAUACUAAGCCAGUAGUACACAAUAUUCAUAAAAUUAAUUGUUUUAUUCGUUAUACUUUCAUUCACUAACCUCUAGUAUGAGCCAUGUUGGCAGAUGCAGAC